AAUAGUGGCGGCAAUGCACAUCUCUAAUCUCUACGCAUCGUAACGGCGAUGUUAUAAGUACUGACAUUUAUAGAUUGGCCGUGACAAGAUUGGAAUCUGUCACAUACUUUUGCGCGUACGGUUCGUGUACGCGCCGUGUAUAGACCGUGUCGGCGGUGGGAUCCACAUCCAACGGCUACUCUCAUACGGAGUCGCUCCUUGAGCCUCUGACUCAUAUCAAUCGCGAGCAACUGGCCGCCAUGGCUGACGCUGCCGUUGCGGAUCAGAACGAUUUUAACGCCUCGUCGCCUACUAGUCCUAGCCAGAAGAGGAAGCGUGGCGCGCCAGAUUCUUCCCCCGAUUUACGACGAGCCAAGCGCAUCCCUACCACAGCAAUGUCGGGAACUCCAGAUGCAGCUUAUGUCGAGAGUGCCGUUGAAGCCGCGCAAGCAGCAGCACAAGCGGCAACGAACGCUGAUUUUUCUGCCCUCCAGCAGGCUGCAGCUGACCACCAUGACGCUUCCGACCACGCAAAUGCGUCGAGCACCGCCGCGGCCGCGCUAGGAACAAUGUAUCCCACCAUACAUGUUCCUCAGCCCACAGAGGAGACGUUUGCGGCGCAAACCGCAGCAGAAUCAGAACACCACCAGGAUUCAUUUGGUCAUAAUGACAUGAUUCACAACGACGGUCUUCCUGAUACGGCUGGAAAUGGUCUUGUAACGCCACAAAAUGGUGUCAGACCUCAACCAGCAUACGCGACAUCGGCAUCAAAUUCUAAACCAGCUGUAGGUUCGGAAGAGUGGCAUAAGAUGCGCAAAGAUAAUCACAAGGAGGUUGAGCGUCGCCGACGCGAAACCAUUAAUGAAGGUAUCAACGAGCUUGCUAAGAUUGUUCCUGGAUGCGAGAAGAACAAGGGAUCGAUCUUGCAACGUGCUGUCAUGUUUAUCACUCAGUUAAAGGAAAACGAGGUGCAGAACAUUGAAAAAUGGACGUUGGAAAAGCUACUCACAGAACAAGCCAUCCAAGAACUCAGUGCUUCUAACGAUAAACUCAAGUUGGAAUGCGAACGAGCCUACCGAGAGUUAUCGAUAUGGAAGCAAGUUGCACAAAGUGCAGGAUUACAGCCCCCGCAGUCCAAAGAGGAACCUUCUUCAUGAGCCAUCCCCGCGGCUAUAAAUCGACUCGAUGCUUCCUAUAACAGAUGAUUAUAUCUGAUUUCAUCCCUUCUAUACCCCCAAGCGACUUCACUUCUAUUACAGCAUCGAGUCUCGUUAAGCAUCAGCUCCACACCCAUAUGAACGGAUACCUACGUACUCCACACGGGCUCGAUUGCAGUUAGCACAUAGGACAUUCAUGGCGCAUGAUUCCCAUCAAGUGUUGAUGGGCGUCAGGUUU